AUGACAGCCCCAGUGACACUGUCACCCUCAGUGCCCCUGCUGCCACCCUCAGUGCGACUGCUGCCACCCUCAGUGCGACUGCUGCCACCCUCAGUGCGACUGCUGCCACCCUCAGUGCGACUGCUGCCACCCUCAGUGCGACUGCUGCCACCCUCAGUGCGACUGCUGCCACCCUCAGUGCGACUGCUGCCACCCUCAGUGCGACUGCUGCCACCCUCAGUGCGACUGCUGCCACCCUCAGUGCGACUGCUGCCACCCUCAGUGCGACUGCUGCCACCCUCAGUGCGACUGCUGCCACCCUCAGUGCGACUGCUGCCACCCUCAGUGCCACUGUAA